AUGGAGUACCUUCCUAGUCUUCAACAGGAGUUCGAUGAGCACAAGCCGUCGCUCUUCGAACUCCUCGCCGAGCAGCAGUUAUCCGACCUCCUUCCCCCUUCCCUCCGAUACCUUCUCGCGGUCGCGACUCACCGCCAUCCUCGGUAUCUUCUCCGGAUCCUGAACUCAUAUGAUGAGGUCUACGCCCUUCUAUCGCUUAUCGUCGAACGCUACUACCUCCGAACUUUUGGCGGCUCCUUCACAGAGAACUUCUACUCUCUCAAACGCGAGCGCGUCCUCCGCACCAAGAAUGGCGAGAUUCCACGCGCCCAAGUCGGCGCCGGCGGACCCGUCCGCGACGCCUUGAAACUGCACUCAGCCGACGUGUGGAAGAACUUGUUAGUGAUGGUCGGCAUCCCGUACCUGAAACGCAAGCUUGAUGAAGGGUACGACAUCCAUGCUGCGCCACAGGCGUCUCUGGUCAUGGGCGGCGGGCCACGAUAUAACCCCAGCGACGACCUGCCCGCCAACCCGACAGUGCGUCAGCGUAUCUUCCACUAUUACAAGUGGUUCUUGCGCAAUGUAUACCCGUCUGUAAAUGCGGCGUACUACUUCUCUAUCCUGGCGUUCAACCUCGCCUAUCUCUUCGAUAAUACCAAAUACUCCUCCCCAUUCCUCUGGCUCAUCGGCUCACGGAUUCGCCGCCUCGGAGCCGCUGAUCACCGUGCCAUCGCUGAAGUGUUGGAUCCUAAGCCGGCCCCUGGUGGUUCUCGAUCUCAGCGUCCAGGUUCGGGGCUCAUGGGCCUGCUCAGCCCGCAGAACAUGUACCCGCAGCUCUUGACGUCGCUUCGAUAUUUCCUGCCGGCAUCGAUCUUUGCCCUAAAGUUCCUGGAGUGGUGGCAUGCUAGUGACUUCUCCCGUCAACUCGCUCGCAAGGCGACAGAGGUCCUCGAUCUACCGGCACCUGUGAUUUCAGGGUUGACCAACCCCGCCGACCGGAAGAAGUCAGCCCAGGAAGAAGAGAAGAAGCAGGCAGUGGAGAAAGAGAAGAAGUCCGCUUCGGGAGAUCUCAAGUCUGCCCUGAAGUCUUCUCGCCGACACCAGCCUCCCAUCUCCGCGACUUCCUAUCUCCCCAUUUUCACCGUGCCCUUGCCCCCGGCCGAUUCCUCUAGUGCCAAUAUGUGCCCCGUCUGUUUGAAUACCCUUACCAACCCGACAGCCUGCCAGACAGGCUAUGUGUUCUGUUACGUGUGUAUUUUCCACUGGCUCAAUGGCGAGCACCAGCGACAGCUGGAUUUCAUGAAUGGAGAAGGCGCCGGUGCUCCUUGGGAGGAGGAAAUCACCGGGGAUGAGGAGAAUGUAAAGCAGGAUGAUCAUGAGCAAGAGCCAGGGUCUCGCAAGCGCGGCGGGAAGUGGGAGAGUGGAAAGGGCAGAUGUCCGGUUACAGGGCGACGAGUCCUCGGCGGCACGGAGGGUCUGCGACGCGUGCUGAUUUGA